AGCGGGAGAGGGAAGAGAGGGAGAAAAGGAGAAAUAACAUAGUGAUUAAGGGGGUGGAAUGGAAGGAAGAAAACAAAGAAGAAGCCGUAAAGGAGUUCGUAAGGGAUAAAAUGGGAAUAGAGACAGAGGUGGAAAAGGCACACACGAUAAGAGUGGGAGAAAGGACGACGAUAAUGGUAGCGACGAUGAAGUCAAGAGAGAAGAAGAUAAGAAUAAUGAAAGGAAAAAGCAGAGUGGUAAAAGGAGUAUAUAUAGACGACGACCACAUGAGGAAAGAGAGGGAAAUAAGCAGCAGAUAAGAAGGGAGGCAAGAACAAGAAGGGAAAAGGGCGAAAACGUAAGGACAGGCUACAUGAAACAAAAGGUGGGAGACAGAUGGUACAGAUGGAUUGAAAAGGAAGGGAGACUGAUGAAGGAAAGAAGGAGAGGGGAAGAAAAGUGAAACAAGGGGAAAAAGGGGGAAUGCGGGGAGAAUGAAAAUGUGCUUUUGAAAUGUAGCAGGAUUAAUAGGCAAAGACAAGGAGGUGUGGGAGUACUUAAAGACAUUUGACGUAGUCGGACUCACAGAAACAUGGAUAGAGGAAAGCAAUUAGGAAAAAGUGAAAUACAGACUGCCCAAGGAAUUUGAAUGGAAAUGCAGGACGGCAAGGAGAAUAAGGAAGAAAGGAAGAGCAAAAGGGGGUAUAAUAACGGGUUUAAGAAAGGGACUGAAAGAACUGGAAUACAAAGAAAUAAGUGACAAUAUGGUGGAAAGGAAAAUAGCAUAUAAGGACAAGACAUUCAGGAUAAUAGCGCUCUAUAAUCAAGACACAAAAGGAACAUGGAAAGAGAUAGAGGAAAGAGUAGACGGAAGAGAAGAGGAAGUGAUGAUCAUCGGCGGAGACUGGAACGCGAGAACGGGAGAAGAGGGAGGGCAGGUAAACGAGGACCUAGGGAAGGAAAGAAGCAGGCGAUCAGAAGACAAGAAAAUAAACGUGGAAGGAAGAAUACUGCUUAGAUACCUGAAAGAGAGAGGCUGGACGAUAAUAAACGGCAGGGAUGAAGAAGGAGAGGAGUGGACCUAUAUUGGGGAGAGAGGAAACUCGGUGAUAGAUUAUGUGAUCGGAAACCAGGAGGCGACAAAAGAAAUAACUAACAUGAAGGUAGGAAAAAGAACAGAGUCGGACCAUAUGCCACUAGAAGUAGAAAUAGGAGGGCCAGAACUACAAAAAACCGAAGAAAGGGAAGAAGAAGAGAAGGAGAGAAGGGAGUGGACAUGGGAAAGCAGGGAAAAAUACCUGGAGGAAUGCAAAGAUUGGACCUACGAGGGGAGAACAGUAGAGGAGCUGUGGACAGAAAUCAAAAACAAGGUAAACAAAGCAAUACCAAAGAAGAGAGUAAAGAUAAGAAAAUGGGGCAUGGGAGAGAAAGUGUGGUAUGACAAGGAGUGGAAAGAGAGGAAAAGAGAGGUGAGAAGGAAGAUGGCAAAGUUCAGGAGAGGAAGAUGCAGCAGAAAAGAACUAAUGGAGGAGAAGAAGGCAUUCAAACUAUGGUGCAAAGAAAGAAAGGAAAGACACGAAGAAGAGGAAAUGGAGAAGAUCAGGAAAAUUAGAACAGAGCGAGAGGUAUGGAAGUACAUAAACAAGUACAGAAGAAGAAGAGAGGACAUAGAUGAGGAAAUAAGCGAAGAGUGGAGGAAUCACUUUAUGGAGAUACUAGAGGGAAAAGAGCACAAAGAGGACAGGAAAACACGGGAGCAGGGAGAGGAGGAGGAAAUAAGAAAGGAGAGGGAAGAUAAUAUAGAGAAGGAAGAGGUGAUAUACCAAAUAAGAAAACUAAAAGAGAAGGAGGCAACGGGGGAGGACGGGCUAGAAAAUGAGGUAUGGAAGUAUGCACCGAUGGAAGUGGGGGAGGCGUUAUGGGAGUUAGUAAGGAAAAUCUGGAAUGAAGAAGGGAUACCGGAAGAUUGGAAAAAAGGGGUAAUAUGUCCGAUAUACAAGAAGGGCGACAAGAGAGUAGCGAAGAGCUACAGAGGAGUAACGUUAAUGGACACUGUUACGUCGCGCGGGACAUCUGCACGCCAGCCCUCGCUACCUGGCAGCCAACAGCCAACCUACAGUCUUCCCGAUUCUCAAUAGACCCACGGACCCACCAUAAGACGUCAACUUUCAGCUUCAUUGUCUUCACACAUGUUUGCCAGUCUAAUUGCAUGCCUAGAGAAUUCUGUAAUUCUAGAAGUAUUUUCA